UAUCGAGUACCUACCUAGGUAUCGUAAUCGAGAUGCAAGCAAGACGUACGAGCAAUCAAGACCGACGCCAUUUGUUAGUAUUGUCGUGAGAACUUCAGAGCUUACCACGUAUUCGUCGGCAUUUUAUAUAAUGAAAUAAACAUAUUUCUAUUCUAUAAAGGUAACUUUAUUUAUUCAUUAUGUACGACACAGAAGAUGACCAAUAUGAAGAAGAAGAUGUCGAAGAAAUUUCUACAGAACUUUGGCAAGAAGCCUGUUGGAUAGUGAUCAACGCGUACUUUGAUGAAAAGGGUCUAGUGCGACAACAAUUAGAUAGUUUUGACGAGUUUAUACAAAUGUCUGUUCAACGCAUCGUCGAAGAUUCACCUCCAAUAGAACUUCAAGCAGAAGCGCAACAUUCAUCAGGUGAAAUAGAGACGCCUCCGAGGUAUCUAUUAAAAUUUGAUCAGAUUUAUCUCUCCAAACCUACUCAUUGGGAGAAAGAUGGUGCCCCUUCCCCUAUGAUGCCAAACGAAGCUCGACUUCGUAAUCUUACCUAUUCGGCGCCUUUGUACGUGGAUAUUACUAAAACUAUUGUUAAGGAAAAUGAAGAUCCUAUUGAAACACAACAUCAGAAGACAUUUAUUGGUAAAAUUCCCAUUAUGCUUCGCUCAACAUAUUGUCUAUUGAGCCAUCUCACUGACCGAGACUUGACCGAGUUGAAUGAAUGUCCACUUGAUCCAGGCGGUUACUUCAUCAUCAAUGGAUCUGAAAAGGUUUUGAUUGCCCAAGAAAAGAUGGCCACAAAUACUGUGUAUGUAUUUAGUAUGAAAGAUGGUAAAUAUGCAUAUAAAACAGAAAUUAGAUCUUGUCUGGAACAUAGUUCAAGGCCCACUUCUACUCUGUGGGUUAAUAUGAUGGCCAGAGGAGGUCAAAGUAUUAAAAAAUCAGCUAUUGGACAAAGGAUAAUUGCUAUUGUACCUUACAUCAAACAAGAAAUUCCAAUCAUGAUUGUAUUUAGAGCACUUGGAUUUGUUGCUGAUAGAGAUAUUCUGGAACAUAUCAUUUAUGAUUUUGAUGAUCCUGAAAUGAUGGAAAUGGUGAAACCAUCCUUAGAUGAAGCUUUUGUAUUUCAAGAACAAAAUGUUGCUCUCAAUUUUAUUGGUUCAAGAGGUGCCCGCCCUGGUGUUACUAAAGACAAACGUAUUAAGUAUGCAAGAGAAAUUUUACAAAAAGAAAUGUUACCACAUGUUGGUGUGUCUGAUUUUUGUGAAACCAAAAAGACUUAUUUUUUGGGAUACAUGGUGCAUAGAUUGUUAUUGGCUGCCUUGGGUCGUCGGGAGUUGGAUGACAGAGAUCACUAUGGCAAUAAGCGGUUAGAUUUGGCAGGUCCCCUAUUGGCUUUCUUAUUCAGGGGAUUAUUUAAAAAUUUGUUAAAGGAAGUAAGAAUGUUUGCUCAGAAAUUUAUUGAUAGAGGUAAAGAUUUCAAUCUGGAGCUUGCUAUUAAAACAAGAAUUAUUACUGAUGGUUUAAGAUACUCCCUUGCUACUGGCAAUUGGGGAGACCAGAAAAAAGCUCAUCAGGCUAGAGCUGGAGUAUCACAGGUGUUAAACAGAUUGACUUUCGCAUCAACAUUAUCCCACUUACGACGUGUUAACUCUCCAAUAGGAAGAGAUGGCAAGCUUGCUAAACCUCGCCAGUUGCACAAUACCCUAUGGGGCAUGAUUUGUCCUGCCGAAACUCCUGAAGGUGCUGCUGUAGGCCUUGUCAAGAACUUAGCUUUGAUGGCUUACAUUUCUGUGGGCAGUCAACCAUCUCCUAUAUUGGAAUUCUUGGAAGAAUGGUCUAUGGAGAAUUUGGAAGAAAUUGCUCCAUCAGCUAUUGCAGAUGCAACAAAAAUUUUUGUAAAUGGUUGCUGGGUGGGUAUUCAUAGGGAUCCAGAACAACUUAUGGCUACCUUGCGAAAGCUAAGACGUCAAAUGGACAUCAUUGUGUCAGAAGUCAGUAUGAUUCGCGAUAUAAGAGACAGAGAAAUAAGAAUUUAUACAGAUGCUGGCAGAAUUUGCCGACCUUUACUCAUAGUGGAAAAUGGAACAUUAUUACUGAAGAAAAAACACAUAGAUAAUCUCAAAGAAAGAGAUUAUAAUAAUUAUGGGUGGCAAAAUUUAGUAGCUAGUGGUGUAGUUGAAUACAUUGAUACUUUGGAAGAGGAAACAGUGAUGAUAGCUAUGAGUUCAGAGGAUUUGGCUCAAAUUAAAGAAUAUGCUUACUGCAAUACUUACACUCACUGUGAAAUUCAUCCUGCUAUGAUACUGGGAGUUUGUGCUUCAAUUAUUCCAUUCCCUGACCACAACCAAAGUCCCAGGAAUACAUAUCAAAGUGCUAUGGGUAAACAAGCUAUGGGUGUGUACAUAACAAACUUUCAUGUUCGAAUGGACACUCUUGCUCAUGUUCUUUAUUACCCACAUAAACCACUGGUGACAACACGAUCUAUGGAAUAUCUACGUUUUCGAGAACUACCUGCAGGCAUUAAUUCAAUAGUUGCUAUCUUGUGUUACACAGGAUAUAAUCAAGAAGACAGUGUCAUCUUAAAUGCGUCUGCUGUAGAGAGAGGAUUUUUUAGAUCUGUGUUCUACCGUUCCUAUAAAGAUUCAGAAUCUAAGAGGAUUGGCGACCAAGAGGAACAAUUUGAAAAGCCCACUAGGCAGACGUGCCAGGGCAUGAGGAAUGCUUUAUAUGACAAAUUGGACGAUGAUGGUAUUAUAGCCCCAGGAAUUCGUGUUUCUGGAGAUGAUGUUGUUAUUGGUAAAACAAUUACUUUGCCUGAAAAUGAUGAUGAAUUGGAAGGCACUACAAAACGUUUCACAAAACGUGACGCAUCCACGUUCUUACGUAACAGUGAAACUGGAAUUGUCGAUCAAGUCAUGUUGACUCUCAACAGUGAAGGUUACAAAUUUUGUAAAAUUCGUGUAAGAUCAGUUCGUAUCCCUCAGAUUGGCGAUAAGUUUGCCUCUCGGCAUGGACAGAAAGGAACUUGUGGUAUACAAUAUCGUCAAGAAGACAUGCCUUUUACCUGUGAAGGACUUACACCUGACAUUAUAAUUAAUCCUCAUGCUAUCCCAUCUCGUAUGACCAUUGGCCAUUUAAUUGAAUGUAUUCAAGGGAAAGUAUCAUCAAAUAAGGGUGAGAUUGGUGACGCAACACCCUUCAAUGAUGCUGUAAAUGUGCAAAAAAUUUCUUCACUCUUGCAAGAAUAUGGCUAUCAUCUUCGUGGAAACGAAGUGAUGUAUAAUGGGCAUACAGGUCGAAAGAUAAAUGCCCAAGUAUUUUUAGGUCCUACGUAUUACCAACGCCUUAAGCAUAUGGUGGAUGAUAAAAUUCAUUCUAGGGCUAGAGGACCUGUACAAAUUUUAGUAAGGCAACCUAUGGAAGGAAGAGCUAGAGAUGGUGGUUUGCGUUUUGGAGAAAUGGAACGAGAUUGCCAAAUUGCUCAUGGAGCAGCGCAAUUCUUACGAGAGCGACUUUUCGAAGUAUCUGAUCCAUAUCGCAUUCAUGUCUGUAAUUUCUGUGGUUUGAUUGCCAUAGCAAAUCUGAGAAACAAUACAUUUGAAUGUAAAGGAUGCAAAAAUAAGACACAAAUUUCUCAAAUUCGUUUACCUUAUGCGGCAAAAUUACUUUUCCAAGAACUUAUGUCUAUGAAUAUUGCACCAAGAUUGAUGGUGAUAAAUUGAAAUAUGAUUUCCUCUAGUAUGUAAGGAAAACUUACAAACCUAUAUAUUGUAAUAGGGAUUGUAUGAAAUAAACAUUUCUUAAAUAUU